AUGACGUCCGUGGAGUUGCAAGCGAGUUCGUCUCGAUCAGAUGAGGUCGAGGCGCCAGGAACAAAAACCGACAUCGAUCUUAUUGAGAGUGCAGGACAUGGACGGGUAGCCACCUACACCGAGUCAAUGACUGCUCAUCUGCCAAAGGCACACAGAGACUAUCUGAUGGAGCGACACGGGACUCUGGAGCUCGACCCUAUUCCCGGAAUGGGCCCAGCUGACCCUUACAACUGGCCUGAGUGGAAGAAAAUGACUAAUCUUAUCCUCGUGGCGUUCCACGCUUGCAUGGGCACAUUUACCGCCGCCGGCAUCAUCCCUGCCUAUUCAGACAUCUCCAAAGAACUGGGUGUCGGGAUGCAAGAUGCUAGUUACUUGACCUCUUUGCAAAUUGCCAUCCUUGGAGGCGCCCCUCUGUUCUGGAAGCCGCUGUCCAAUCGGUAUGGGCGCCGGCCUAUCUUCCUCCUCUCCCUUAUAUGCAGUCUCGUGUGUAAUAUCGGGUGUGCAAAGAGCACCACGUAUGCCUCUCUGGCUGCUUGUCGAGCCCUUGUGGCCUUUUUCAUCUCGCCUGCCUCUGCCAUUGGCAGUGCAGUCGUGAUGGAGACAACGUUCAAGAAAGACCGCGCCCGUUACAUGGGCGUUUGGACACUGUUGGUCACCCUGGGUGUCCCGGUCGGACCUUUCAUCUUCGGCUUCGUGACCUACCGUAUUGGUCAUCACUGGAUCUACUGGAUCCUUGCAAUGAUCAAUGGCGGGCAAUUCAUCUUGUAUCUGUUCUUCGGCCCCGAAACCCGGUAUCUGGGCAGCAAAAUCGACAGCAAGGAGUCAACAAGGAAGAUCGAGUACAUGUCACUGCGACGGAUUGACCCCACACCAUUCUCAUGGUUCGAGUUCGUCCGCCCACUGACAAUGGCUCGACACCCGUCAAUCCUCAUCCCAGCAUGCGCAUACGCCAUGGUCUUCCUCCUCGGUAAUAUUCUCGCGACCGUCGAGAUUCCCCAACUCCUGCAAGAGAAGUUCGAGCUCAAUGCCGAACAAUUAGGCAUGCAGUUCCUAGGUGCCAUCAUAGGUUCCGUAAUCGGCGAGCAAAUGGGCGGCGUGCUGUCAGACUUCUGGAUGAGCCGGCGCAGUCGACGCAUCAACCGUAAGGCCGAGCCAGAAUUCCGACUGUGGCUCAGCUACUUCGGUUUCGCACUCACCAUCAUCGGUAUUAUUGUCUUCCUGGUCUGCACGCAGGAAUCGCCAAGUGGACACUGGAACGUCACGCCCAUUAUCGGUACCGCUAUUGGCGCUGUCGGAAACCAGCUUGUCACCACGGUGAUGAUCACCUAUGCUAUCGAUUGCUUCCCGCAGGAAGCUGGUAACAUUGGAGUGUUCAUCACGUUUGUCCGACAGAUUUGGGGUUUCCUUGGUCCUUUCUGGUUUGCCCCCAUGUUCGAGACUGUCGGUGUUGCGCCCAGCGCAGGCAUUGGGUCGGCGCUGAUUGUCGUCGUCAGUGUUAUCCCCACCAUCUUCCUGCACUGGCGGGGUAAGAUUUGGCGUAGCGAGGAGUAA